UUCUUCCCCAUAUCAUCAAGCACCAAAAUGUCUACAUCACCUUCCGCAGUCUCCAAGCACCUUCGGUGCAUGCCCGGGUUUUUCCUUAUGGGGAUCUCGGACGAACCUGUGGAUGAGAUGGGGGAUCCUCCCAUGCGUAUGGGGCUGGUCGACGGCAAAGCCUGGCCGGACGUGUACAAAUUUAUGGACCAAUUCGAGCUCAAGCAUCCAGAACGCCGCAUUAAGUUGGUGAUCCUAUUGCGUCACGGAGAAGCCACACACAAUGCCACCAAGGCCCGCGUGGGCGACAAAGUAUGGGAGGAGGAGUACGAAAUGCGACCCGAGUUUAUAGACGCCCCACUCACGCAUCACGGCAAAGAGCAGGCAGAUGCCGCCGCGUUGAUGCUGGAAAAGCAGAUCGCCAAGUGUGGCCUCAAGCUGCAGCGAGUCUUCGUGUCCCCAUUGGAUCGAACACUACAGACUUAUGACCGGGUGUUCGCCCGGCUGCGUGACAUCCCCGUGUCCGUCGUCGAGCUUGCGCGCGAGACGCUGGGCGUCGUUAACUGCGACCGUCGCAAGCUCAUGACUCCAAAGCAGGCCGCGUAUCCGCAAUUGGACUUCAAUCACGUGGCCAGUGAGAACGACACGUGGUGGCAACCUGAUCACCGGGAAACCCGCGAGGAGAUUGCCAAUCGAGCCGCAGAGUUCCUGGACGAAGUGUUCUACAAAAAAAGUGAGAGGUGUGUGCUCGUCGUCUCGCACAGCGGCUUUAGUCGUGGAUGCUUCGCAGCUGUGGGUCAUCGCUACUACCGACCGAGGAAUGCAGAAUUCAUCCCGUUGUUGAUCACGGACGCCACUGAGGAGGAAUUGCAGCUAGAUGCAUCGACCUCGAUUUAGUUGUAUGCAUAUUGUUUACUUUUUGUGUCGUACGUCAAUACUGACGCUUGUGUACUAGAUUGAACGAGCAGAAAUUUUGCAACAAUUGACUGAUGGAUGGCGUUACGCUGGUUGAUCGCUUGUCGAUCCAUCUAUCGUUUAUGACGAAUUACGUGGAAAACUGCAAUGUAGUUCCCGCUUCUUAUUCAUUUUAACUUUCUCGGCUCGGACUGAAGCGCGAACACCAGCU